AUGAUAGAGCGGUGGCGACCGGAGAUGCACACGUUUCAUAUACCCAUCGGCGAGGCUACCAUCACGCUUGAGGAUUUGGAAGUUCGUUUCGGGCUACCAGUUGAUGGAUUACCUGCAGCUUACCCGCAUGCUAUUAGAGAUUAUAGGAGAGUGGAUUACCUACAUAUGUUGCAGCGGUUCACCGGUUUCCAGCCAGCGAAACUGACUGCAUUAAGUGGGGCCAGUCGAUUGCAGCUGAUGCCCAUCCGGCAGUAUCUGGUGGCAAUAGAUGCAGAGAUUACAGAUGAUUCACCACCGGAGGAUAUUGACCGGCACACGAGAUUGUUGCUGCUUCUAAUGUUUGGUAGUGUAUUGUUCCCGAAUACUUCGGGAAACCUAGUCAGUUUGAGAUAUCAUCCGGAGCGGCUAGAUGAUUUACCUGGUUACAGCUAG